UCAACCAACGAUCCAGAUCACCCCACAAAAAUAUCAUCCCCAAAUUACCCCUCCCUCCCAAAGCUCUCACCUUUCUCAGCUCACUCCGAUCCCACAAUGAUUUCAUCUCCAUGAUCCCCAUUUGAUCCACAUUUUCUCGAAAUUUUCGCAAAAUUUGCGGUUUUUCCUACUCAGAUCGAUGCCAGUCUCUACUCGUUCUCAGAUCACCGGUUUUGGCGAUGGAUCGAAUCAAGAAGGAGCUCAAACCUCCGUCCAUGGUCGCACAGUGCUCCGGAACCCUCACCAUGGCCUCAAGGAGAAGAUGAAAGCCCUAACCCUCUUUUACGAGCAGCACAAGGAGCUCAUGGCGAGCAGGAGAGACCUCGCCGACUCGAUCCGCAAGGCUCAGCGCCAAGAAGAAGAAGAAGAAGAAGAAGAGGAGAAGAAUUCAACAGUGAUGAAAGAGAACGUUGCAUUCCAGAGCCCUUCCAAGAAUUGGAAAAAUCCGGAGAACUGUGAGUCCGGAGGAAGUCGGAUUCUUGUGUUCGUGAGGCUCCGGCCGAUGGCCAAGAAGGAGAAGGAGGCUGGAUCCCGGAGCUGCGUCAAGAUUGUGAACCGAAAAGAUGUUUACUUGACGGAGUUCGCUUCUGAGACUGAUUACCUCCGGCUUAAGAGACUCCGAGGACGCCAUUUUUGCUUUGAUGCUGCCUUCUCUGAUUCGACAACCCAGCAAGAAGUUUAUGCCACAACUACAGCUGAACUUGUGGAAGGUGUGCUGCAAGGGAGGAAUGGCUCUGUGUUCUGCUAUGGAGCAACAGGUGCAGGAAAAACAUACACAAUGCUAGGAACAGUGGAGAAUCCGGGAGUUAUGGUGUUGGCCAUAAAAGAUUUAUUUUUCCAAAAAUCAGGCAAAGGGAGCUAUGAUGGGAACCAUUUGGUCCACCUUUCUUAUCUCGAGGUCUAUAAUGAGACUGUUAGAGAUUUGUUAUCUCCAGGAAGGCCUCUUGUUCUUAGAGAAGAUAAACAGGGCAUUGUAGCAGCAGGUCUAACUCAGUAUAGAGCUUACUCAACAGAUGAGGUUAUGUCAUUACUUCAGCAAGGUAAUCAGAACCGAACCACUGAGCCAACCAGAGCAAAUGAGACCUCUUCUCGGUCUCAUGCUAUAUUGCAGGUAACUGAAUUGCAAUUCGUAUUCAGGGAAAAAUUGUUAACCGAGGUUGGCAAGCUAUCGCUCAUUGAUCUAGCUGGCUCUGAGAGAGCUCUAGCAACAGACCAGAGAAGUCAGAGAUCAAUCGAGGGAGCAAACAUCAACCGCUCCCUCCUUGCCCUCAGUAGUUGCAUCAAUGCUCUGGUUGAGGGGAAGAAGCAUAUCCCCUACCGAAAUUCCAAACUCACUCAACUCCUCAAGGACUCUCUUGGAGGUCCAUGCAACACUGUUAUGAUUGCCAAUAUAAGUCCAUGCAAUCUUUCCUUCGGUGAGACGCAGAACACUCUUCACUGGGCUGACCGCGCCAAGGAGAUAAAGACUAAGGGGUAUGUAAUAAAUGAUGAAGCAUUUCAAGUCCCAGAUUCAACCACUGACCAGGCUAAAUUGGUACUAGAGCUGCAGAAGGAGAACAGUGAGUUAAGACAGCAGUUGGUGCGCAACCAGCAAAAGUUGCUGAGUGUUCAAGCCCAGUCACUAGCAGCAAACUCCUCUCCUGCACCUUCUGCUGUCUCAACACCGCUGAAAUCUCCGCUUUGCUCCGCACAACACAAGCCAAAGCGAUCAAUCUUAUCUGGGAACUGCUUCACUACUCCUGAAACUAAAAAGAAGGAAACCAAUGAAACAGUAGUCAGAGAAUUACAGAAAACAGUGAAAUAUUUGGAGGCUGAGAUUGAGAGGCUGAAGAAGGAUCACAUUCAGCAACUUAAGCAGAAGGAUGAGUUCAUCAGAGAGCUAAUGAACAAUAAGAAUGGUGCCAAAAGGGUAGUCACAAGAGAGAGUUUGCGCAAAGGGUUGAGAGCAGCAACUGGUGAUGGAGAGCUUAAAAGUCCCAGUCAUCGUUUUCAAUCUCCGGCGCCAACUGCUAAGAAACGCACAUUUUGGGACAUAAGUACUGCUAACAGCCCGUCGGUUAUGGCCGUUAAUGGAAGGAAGACAAGAAGCCAUGUUGCUGCUGAUGCUUCAGCUCCCUCCAUGCUUCUCCAGCCCGGUUUUGCUCGCCAAAGAUCAGAAUUUCCCAAACUUUGAAGAUCAGGAGAUGAAGAGAAGUUUCCUUU